GUUAAAACAAGUUUUUUUUUCGAUCUUCCAAGACGAUUCUUAUUUUUCUUCAAUCUGUUUUUCAUCAAAUUAAUUGUUCGAAUCGCAAUUGAAACACAAAAAGUGAAAAAAAAAAAAAAGAGAAAUGUAUAUUAGUUUGGAAAUUCUUUGUGGAAUAGUGAUAACGCUUAUCGCGUUCUAUUGUUAUUUAACGAUCAAUAACAAUUUUUGGAAAAAUCGUGGAAUACCUGGACCAAAACCCGUGUUGGGAUUCGGCAAUAUGAAAAAAGUAAUAUUUGGAAAGGAAUCGAUUUCACAAUUUCUCACAAGAAUGUACAACGAAUAUAAGAACGAGCCGAUGAUUGGAAUAUUUAGAUUAAGAACACCUUCUUUAAUCAUCAAAGAUCCAGAUCUUAUAAAAACUCUCUUGAUCAAAGAAUUCCCCAAAUUUGCGAAUCGAGGAUUAUUUCCAAUUUUCUCACGAGAUCCAUUGACUCAUCAUCUCUUCAAUUUAGAGGCUGAAAGAUGGAGGCCGUUGAGAACACAAUUUACGCCGUUAUUUACUUCCAGUAAACUUAAAGGAAUGUUUUCCCUGAUUCUCGAGUGCUCCAACCAAUUGGAAAGUUACAUGGACACGUUGAUAAAGAAAAGAGAGCCCAUUGAUAUGAGAGAAGUUUCGGCCAGAUUCACUACCGAUGUCGUUGGGAGUUGCGCUUUUGGGAUAGAGAUGAACUCCCUUUCGGAAAAAGAGAGUAUAUUCCGUCGACUCGGCAAAUUAAUCUUUGUCACGAAUUUGCGAAAGAUAUUAAAGAUCAGGAUGCAAGAUAUGUUGCCACGGCUGUAUAAUUUAUUUCUUUAUAUAUUCCACCGAGACGAGAAAAUGAGAAUCAUCAUGAAACUUAUGACGGAGACAAUGGAAUACAGAGAACAGAACAAUAUUUUCAGGCCUGAUUUUAUAAAUAUAUUAUUAGACCUCAAGAAACAUCCAGAAAAGAUUGAUAUUGAGUUAACGAACGAUUUAUUAGCAUCUCAAAUUUUCAUUUUCUUCGCUGCCGGCUUCGAAACUUCUUCGUCAACGAUUAGCAAUGCCCUUUACGAAUUAGCUUUGAAUCCCGAUAUCCAGGAGAAGCUGCGAAAAGAAAUCAAAGAAUUCGAGACGAAAAAUAAUGGAGAGUGGAGAUACGAGACCAUAAAAGAAAUGAAGUACUUGGAAAAAGUUUUUCAAGAAACUUUGAGAAAAUAUCCAUCUUUGCCAUUUUUGAAUAGAGAAUUAAUUGACGAUUAUACUUUCGAAAAUAAUAAAAUAACAAUUCCCAAAGAUUUAAAGAUCUGGAUACCGGUUUAUGGAAUUCACCACGAUCCAGAUAUAUAUCCAGAUCCAGAAAAAUUUGAUCCUGAAAGAUUUUCAGAGGAUAAGAUAAAACAAAGACAUCCUAUGCAUUUUUUACCUUUUGGACACGGACCAAGAAAUUGCAUUGGUGCACGAUUUGCGAUAUACCAAACAAAGAUUGGAUUAAUAAAGAUUCUUCGUAAUUUCGAGGUCCACGUUUGCAAUAAAACGUUAAUUCCUUACAAAGUUAAUCCGUUUACGUCUCUUUUAAUGCCAGCAACAGGUUUAUAUUUGAAUGUAAUUAAAAUGUAUAUUAAUUUAGAAAUUUUUUGUGGAAUAGCGCUUAUUGCUAUUACGUUUUACUACUAUUUAACAAUUAAUAAUAAUUUUUGGAAAAAUCGUGGAAUACAUGGUCCAGAACCCAUGUUGGGAUUCGGCAAUAUGAAAAAUGUAAUAUUUGGAAAGGAAUCGAUUUCACAAUUUCUCACAAGAAUGUACAACGAAUAUAAGAACGAGCCAAUGAUUGGAAUAUUUAGACUAAAAACACCUGCUUUGAUCAUCAAAGAUCCAGAUCUCAUAAAAACUGUUUUAAUUAAAGACUUUUCAAAAUUCAUGAAUAGAGGAUUAUUGCCAAUUAUCUCAGGAGAAGCAAUAUCCCAUCAUCUUUUUGCUUUAGAGGCAAAAAGAUGGCAGCCAUUAAGAAAACAUCUUACAUCAGGAUUUACAAGUAACAAACUUAAAGGAAUGUUCUAUCUGAUUCACGAAUGUUCUAAGCAACUCGUAAACUAUAUGGAUACCUUAGUAAGGAAAGAAGAACCUGUUAAUGUGCGAGAAGUUGCCGCUAGAUUUACCACAGAUGUCGUUGGUAGCUGUGGUUUUGGCGUAGAAAUGAAUUCAUUGUCAGAAAAAGAGAGCGAAUUUCGGCGACUUGGAAAAAGUAUCUUUAACACAAGUUUCCAGAAAAUAAUAAUAGAUAGAAUCAGAGAAUUGACGCCACAGGUGUACAAUUUUCUUCUUUAUAUAUUGCCAUUAGAUAGAAUAUCGCCAAAAAUUCUGAAACUAACGAAGGAGACAAUAGAAUAUAGAAAAAAAUAUGAUAUCUUUAGACCUGAUUUUAUGAAUAUAAUAUUAGAACUUAAGAAUCAUCCAGAAAAAAUUAAUUUCGAUAUAACAAAUGAAUUAUUAGCGGCGCAAGUAUUUAUUUUUUUCACGGCUGGCUUUGAAACUUCUUCAACAUUGAUGAGCAAUGCUCUUUACGAACUCGCUUUGAAUCCUGAUAUUCAGCAUAAAUUAAGAGAGGAGAUUAAAGAAUUUGAAUCGAAAAACGAUGAAGAAUGGAAAUAUGAAACCAUUAAAAAAAUGGAUUAUUUGGAAAAAGUAAUUCAAGAAAGUUUAAGAAAAUAUCCAUCUGUGCCAUUUUUGAAUAGAGAAUUAAUUGACGAUUAUACUUUCGAAAGUAAUAAAGUGACAAUUCCAAAAGGAUUAAAAAUAUGGAUACCCUCUUACGCCAUUCAUAACGACCCAGAUAUUUAUCCAGAUCCAGAAAAAUUUGAUCCUGAAAGAUUUUCAGAGGAUAAGAUAAAACAAAGACAUCCUAUGCAUUUUUUACCUUUUGGACAUGGACCAAGAAAUUGCAUUGGUGCACGAUUUGCCGAAUAUCAAACAAAAAUUGGAUUGAUAUAUAUUCUUCGUAAUUUCAAACUUGAUGUUUGCGAUAAAACGUUAAUUCCUUAUAAACUUGAUCCACGUGGAUUACUUUUAAUUCCUUUUACGGAUUUAUAUUUGAAGAUAACUAGAUUGACGAAUAUGUAUAUUAGUUUAGAAAUUUUUUGUGGAAUAAUAAUAGCGCUUAUUACUUUUUAUUAUUAUUUAACGGUUAAUAAUAAUUUUUGGAAAAAUCGUGAAAUACCUGGACCAGAACCCAUGUUGGGAUUCGGCAAUAUGAAAAAUGUAAUAUUUGGAAAGGAAUCGAUUUCACAAUUUCUCACAAGAAUGUACAACGAAUAUAAGAACGAGCCAAUGAUUGGAAUAUUUAGAUUAAAAACACCUGCUUUGAUCAUCAAAGAUCCAGAUCUCAUAAAAACUGUCUUAAUUAAAGAUUUUUCAAAAUUCAUGAAUCGAGGAUUAUUACCAAUGGUCUCAGGAGAACCAAUAUCUCAACAUCUUUUCAACAUAGAGGCAGAAAGAUGGCGACCGUUAAGAAUUCAUCUUACACCAGUAUUCACUGCCAAUAAACUUAGAGGAAUGUUUUCCUUGAUUCUUGAGUGUUCUAUGCAUCUCGUAAGUUAUGUGGAUAGCUUAGUAAAAAAAGGAGAACCUAUCAAUGUACGAGAAGUUGCUGCCAGAUAUACCACAGACGUCGUUGGAAGCUGUGGUUUUGGCGUAGACAUGAACUCAUUGUCAGAAAAAGAGAGCGAAUUUCGACGGGUUGGAAAAUCUGUUUUCGCUACAAAUUACGCAAGAAUAAUAAAACAUAGAAUCAGAGAGUUUAUGCCGCGACUAUACAAUUACAUUCUUUAUUUAUGGCCGACAGACGAAAUGGCGGAAAAAAUUAUAAAACUAAUGAGAGAAACACUGGAAUACAGAGAGAAGAACAAUUUCUUUAGGCCCGAUUUUAUGAAUAUACUUUUAGAUCUUAAGAAACAUCCAGACAAGAUUGGCCUUGAAAUAACAAAUGAAUUUUUGGCGGCACAAGCAUUUAUUUUUUUUGUUGCCGGUUUCGAGACUUCGUCAUCAGUGAUUAGCAAUGCUCUUUAUGAAUCAGCUUUGAAUCCUGAUAUUCAGGACAAGUUACGGAAAGAAAUCAAAGAAUUCGCAGCAAAAAAUGACGGAGAAUGGAGAUACGAAACCAUAAAGAAAAUGGAAUAUUUGGAAAAAGUUUUUCAAGAAACUCUAAGAAAAUAUCCAUCUUUGCCAUUUUUGAAUAGAGAAUUAAUUGACGAUUAUACUUUCGAAAAUAAUAAUGUGACAAUUCCAAAAGGAUUAAAAAUAUGGAUACCCACUUACGCCAUUCAUAACGACCCAGAUAUUUAUCCAGAUCCAGAAAAAUUUGAUCCUGAAAGAUUUUCAGAGGAUAAGAUAAAACAAAGACAUCCUAUGCAUUUUUUACCUUUUGGACACGGACCAAGAAAUUGCAUUGGUGCACGAUUUGCCGUAUAUCAAACAAAAAUUGGAUUGAUAAAUAUUCUUCGUAAUUUCAAAAUUGAUGUUUGCGAUAAAACGUUAAUUCCUUAUAAAUUUCAUCCACAUGGAUUAGUUUUAACUCCUUUUAAGGAUUUAUAUUUAAAGAUAACUAGAUUGAUGAAUUAAUAAUUUCUCUUUAUUAAUUUAAACUUUAUCAUUAUUUAGCAU